CGUCGCGACGUUCGAACACCGGUUCGUCCGUACGCGCCAUCGGCGAUCAGGCGACGAAGGAGAGGAAUGGCGGUCGGGUAGGAGCAGCAAGAUCCGGCAGCCAAGGAAUCGGCGCGCAGUAGCAGCGGGCGCGCGCUAGUGUCGGCAUCGGUGCUGCUCGUCCCUUUCCAUAUCCGCCACCUUCCACCUCCUCGUACGCUCACGGACCUCCGAGGGACGACCACGGCCAGAGAGAACCGGUUCCUAUCCGCUGGUGGAAAGCGGCACGAGGCGGCGCGAGCUUACCCGGGACACCGGAUUUCGUAUCGUCCACCGGAUACCAAAGACACACCGACAUGAGCACACCGGCGUUCGUGGGGAAUUCGGACGGUCUAGUGACAGGACUUUGUCCCGCGCCACCUCCGCCUCCCCCGCCGCCUCCAGCACCUGGUCAGGUGCCGGCAAUGAGGAUCAACACCGUCGAGGCGCCAGGGAUAAGGAGGCCCCAGAUCGCCAACAACGAUGCCUACGAGCCACCGGCGGCCAUUCAGAACGCUAUGCUGACGAAAGAUAAGAAACCGUUCACCUACACGCCGGGUAUGGGCGGGAAGCUGGACCUUUCUCAGAUCCGGAGCCCGCGAAUGGCGCGCAGAGUGGCGAAAAACGCGAACGACGAGGGCAUCGAAGGCCCCCCGAAAUCGGCACUCGAGCCGAAACCGACCCCAGCGACGAACGCCGGGGCAAAUUUGUUCGUUCAGCCCCAAGUGGCGAUCCCAGUCUUCCCGACCAAUAUUCCGCCCCAACCCUCUGCUGUCAGGACGCCCCCGACACCGACCGCCAACAGGAUCCCCUCCAUCGGGUCAAAGGGAUUCUGUUUUAUAAAUCUACGUCCCCCGAAAGUUCCAGCCAAAGCAGAGACCAAAGCGACGCCCGUGGUGACGAUUCCGGUUCAACCGAGCAGUCCGGAGAGCCCGAGUACGCCGACCCAGGUGACCCUGGCGAAGGCGCCGACGCCCUGGCUCCAGAACAAGAACAAACCGCAGGAGGAAUUACCUGAGUGGGCAAAACGUUCGAGCAAGCAGAGCUCGUCGCCGGACAGCCCCACGUCGCCGCCUGUUUACGCGCCGGUUCAGCAAACUCAGCAACAACCGUCGUCGCCGCCCCAGUGGCCGCAGACUCAGCAGAAACAGCAGCCUAUUCAGCAGAGGCCGGUCUCUCAGCAGCCUCAGCAAUACCAAUACCAGCAGCAACAACAGCCUCAGCAGUUUGGCCAACAGCAACCACAGAAACGCCCGUUCUCCAGUCCUGCGGGCACUCAACAGAACAAUCAAGAACGCGUGAUACCGAUUCGCAUCGAGGACAGACCGUCCGUGUUCGACGCGAAACACGAGCAGGGCCAUCAUCAGUUCAAGCAACCGAGUCCUCACCAUCAACAGCGAUGGGGGCAGCCGCCGCCGGUUCAGAAUCAAGUCCAAAAUCAAGUGCAACAGCAGCCUAUACCGUCGACGGGUGGUAGCUUCAUCAUACCCAUCAUGGUCGAAAGCAACGACAAGAAACCUACCGGGGUACCAGCCUCGAACGUCGUGUACUCUCAACCGAUGGUCAAAAAUAACGGACCGAACGUCGAGAAUCAGACUGUAAAAGUAAUACAGCAACGUGGGCCAGCGCCAGCUCUACAGUCGGAUUCGGGACCAGUUCAGUCUCGAUCGUUCCGUGUUCUCCAAAAGAUCACCGACACGGACGCGCCGAACGACGUCGAUCCAGAACAGAUUCGUAAACUACAGUUGUCGGAGGACGACAGGAUCUUCGUGAACAAAAUCAAGGAACAAAUCGACAACGACACUUCCCUCCAUCACGAGGAGAAUCCUCGAUACCGCGGCGCGGCGAUACCGUCCCGUGCUUUUCGCUUCUUGCAAAACAUGACUGACUCCAGCGACGUCCUCGUCCCGCCUACGACUCCACGGCCACCGUCCGCCAUAAACAAGAGGCAGAAUAGAAAUUCAAAGAAUUUUGAGGAAAUGCAAGCGAACCUCCCACCGAGCGAGCAACAGGUUCUGGAACCAAAGAAAUACAUGGGCAGCGCGAUCCCGUCGAGAUCGUUCAGGAUAUUGCAAGCAAUGACGGCGCCGGAGAGUGUCGCCACGCAAGAAAAUCGUCAAGCAGAUUACACCUGCCAAACAGAGAAUAACGUGCCGGGCAAUCAGCAGGGUGUCUUUCUCCCUCCUUGUCCUUCAUUUUGGAGUCCCGAGGGUGGCUGGUGGGGCUACUAUCCUCUCCCUUAUCCCGGCGCCGCGAACGACUCCUAUCCCUGUCACGCCGACAACACGGCCUACAUUUACUUCCCGAUAUAUAAUCAGAAUUACACAGGUUAUCCGCCUUGCGAUCCGACGAGCACCGGUAAAACAACGUUCGCCGGUGUUUAUCCGACGUGCGUUGUUCCCGCGCCUCCGCAAACCGAUAACACUUGCGAUCAAGUGGCCAAUAAUGAACUGACAGCGAAUGUUCCGGAUAACAAAAGCAACGGAACGAAAGCAUCGAAGGACACGGGGGUUUCGAACGGUCUGCCCCGAUGGGGCAGAGCGAACAGUAUGUCCAGAACCGCGAGCACCAACAGCAAGGACAGCGAUUGCACCACAGCGAUGAACAUAACCGACGAGGAGGAGAUCCCAGAGACGAUGAUCGCGUUGGAAACUAACGGGGACGUCGAGGAGCCGAAUCGUUUGGAGACGAAGACUAACGGUAGCCUGAACGUCGCUGUACCCAAUUACACUUACAUAGACACCAGCGAUUCUAGCGACGAAACCGACUCGGAGUCGCAGACCGACAACGAGUCCGUCGUCGAGUCGUCGAAGAGCAGCAGCGAUAACAACGCCGAGGACACGUCCUCCGACGACUCUGACUCCGAUUCCUACCUGGCCUACUCCACCGGGUUGAAUCCUCACGAGAGGAACGCGACCAGGGCCAAGGAGCCCUGCGACGACAAACACGAGUCUUCGUCCUCGUCCGAGAGGAACGUCACCGACUGCGAUUCCGACACGGAGGAGCAGACGGAACGCGACCCGGGGAAGACCGACGCGUCCGCGUUCCCUCAUCAGCUGAGCGUCAUCUACGAGGACGUGGAGCACGCGGAGUCGGAGAGUCCUCGGCCGUUCGAAGCUACCGACGAUCCUCCCGACGAGACCGACACCACCACCGUCAGCGUCAGCCUACCCUUGAGGUUCAAGUUCUCCGUGUCGGAGAACAACGAGGACGUCACCACGGUGAUCGUUGGAGAUAGUACCAUCAAGCCCGAGAGACCCUGUGUCAAAGAGGACGCUCGAGGUACGAGGAACCAGGACGUGUCGGCGAAUUUUCUCGUGAAAAAUACGUCCGAUGAGAAACGCAAAGCGAAGAACCAGAGGACAACGGAGGCCAAGGCGGAGAAGAACGAGGAGCCAGUGGUGCCCCACGUGAACUUCACUCUGAGGAAGAUACCGACCAGGCUGGGCAGGAUCAACGUGGAGGAGACGGUCGAGACGGAGUUCACGAUCAGGUCGAGGAAAACGGAGGACGAUUCGAGCAAGGACAGGGACACGAACGUUACGGAGAUCGAGGCGAACGACUUGGAGGCUCGCGAUUACAACAAGAACGUCCUGAAACCGGAAGUGGUAGUCUCGGAGUGCAAGUGGACCGCAGAGCCCGACAAAGACGCGAACUUGCAACGGAAGAAGAGGUCGCGAGAGUGCAACGGGGAGGAAGAGAAAACGAACAGAGAGCCGAAGCAUCUGCUGAGCGUGCAGAACUCGCGCGAGGAGACGGACGACGAGGACAGUGGCGUCACGUCCGACAUGAGUCGGAUGAUCUCCGAGGUGGACACCGACUCGGAGUGCACCUCGUCGAAGAACAUCAGAAAGUACCAGAGGACCCAGACGCACUCUAGGCUGUUCAAGCUAUUGAACGAGGACUCGGUGCUAUCGGAGAACGCAGAGAAGACGAACGAUUCGGCUAUCGGUAGGGAGUAUCUUAGCCUGCCUCUGAAGAACGGCUUCAGCUACGACGAGAGCUAUUGUUCGAAUUAUUCCAGCGGCCUGACCUCGCCGGACUACUCGCCCGUCUGCGAGCAGUCCUGGCGGAGGCUCCACGAGGCGGAAAACGCCAGUUCGUUGGCGAGCCAAAGGGUGCCGGACCAGAACGGAGACGGGUUCCGUCACCCUCCGACGCGACAGGAGCGCGUCGUCGCCAAGGAGGACGCCUAUUAUCAGGCCUGGAAGACGAGCAAGUCCCCGAAUGUUUCCAAUCACGACGCGGUCCCGUCGCUGGCCUUCAAGGCCCUCGAGAGCAACAGACCACCGUGGGCCUACAAGGUCCCGAUGCAACUGAUUACUGAUCAAAGGCGGGCACCACCUUAGGAAACAUGGCAUUGCUAGUGUGUUUUCUCUUUUCUUUUAUUAUUUUUUAUUUUGUUUACAACGACGAUCCGUAACAAUUGUUUACACGACGGCUAUCGAUGGUCGCGAUUCUGCUAACGAUACCUUCCCAGUAAUCUCGUCGUCGUCCAUCGCGCUCGUUGCCCGAUAGAUUUCGUCCUCCUUGAUUCUUUUUAUUUCCCCCCUCUUUUUUUUUUUUGUCAUAAUCCCCACCGGUGUGUGCACAUUGCUAAGGGAUGAACAUUUUUCGCGGAACGAUUAUCUAUAUCGUCGGUGUCGAUCGACGGCCGAGCAACCCGAACCCAAAUCACGCGGUUUGUUUAAGUAGAAUCAAUGCCUCGUUGUGACACUCGUGUACCAAUAUUUUCGUUUAGAGAGAAAAGAGAUCGACGCGAUGUAACCGGCUAAAAGUAUGUUUGUAUCGAUACUGUCGUUACCUCGAUCUGUCAUUGUGCUAUUUAUGUAAGUUGUGUAAAAUAAAUUAUUUGUAAAGAU